AUGACUCUAAAGAAGUUGAGUGUAACGAACGUCGAUGUUAAGGGGAAGCGCGUGUUGAUGAGGGUUGACUUCAACGUUCCCAUGAAAGAUGGCAAGUGCACGAAUACUCAACGAAUUGUUGCUGCCGUCCCAACAAUUAAACUUGUCCUUGACAAUGGAGCCAAGAGUGUUGUCCUGAUGUCGCAUAUGGGUCGUCCUGAUGGCCAUCCUGAUAUGAAAUAUUCAUUGCAGCAAAUCGUCAAGGACGUGGAAAAGGAAUUGGGAAAACCUAUUACUUUCUUAAAGGACUGUGUAGGUCCAGAGGUCGAAGCAGCGUGCAAAAACCCUGCACAGGGAACGGUUUUCCUUUUGGAGAAUUUAAGGUUUCAUGUAGAGGAAGAGGGCAAAGGAGUGGAUGCCAAUGGAAACAAGAUUAAGGCGGACCCUGCAAAAGUUGAAGAAUUUAGCAGGAGCCUAACUGCUCUUGGUGACGUUUAUGUCAACGACGCCUUUGGAACGGCCCAUCGUGCUCAUGCGUCAAUGGUUGGCUGCAAACUUCCACAAAGAGCUGCUGGUCUCUUGUUGGACAAGGAACUUGAAUACUUUGCGAAAGCACUUGAGAGUCCAACUCGUCCUUUUCUUGCUAUUCUUGGAGGUGCAAAAGUAACAGACAAAAUCCAACUCAUUAAUAACAUGCUGGAUAAAGUGGACGAGCUUAUUAUUGGUGGUGGAAUGGCCUUCACCUUUCUGAAGGUGCUCAACAAUAUGAAAAUUGGCAAGAGUCUCUUCGAUGAAGCUGGCGCUAAGACGGUACCUGAAAUCAUGCAGAAGGCCAAGGUGAAGGGGGUAAAGGUUCAUCUGCCAUCUGAUUUUAUCACUGGCAGCAAAUUUGCCGAGGAUGCCGAAGUUGGUACGGCCACGAUCGAGUCAGGCAUCGAAGAUGCUUUAAUGGGUCUUGAUUGCGGACCAAAGUCAUCUAAAGAAUUCACCGAUGUAAUUAGCCGAGCCAAGACUAUCAUCUGGAAUGGCCCAGCCGGUGUCUUUGAAUGGCCAAACUUCGCUAAUGGUACCAAGGCUGUCAUGGACGCUGUUGUAGCUGCAACCAGCAACGGAGCUAUCACCAUUAUCGGUGGUGGUGACACCGCCACUUGUUGCGCCAAAUGGAACACUGAAUCGAAGGUCAGCCACGUAAGCACUGGAGGCGGUGCCAGUUUGGAGCUGCUUGAAGGCAAAGUUCUACCUGGCGUGGCAGCUCUCUCGGACGCCUAA